CAGCAAUGCUUCAGUUGAAGAUGCCGAUUCCACAUCACAGCUCUGAAAAAUCACGCUGAUGAUUUCAGAAUUCACACGCCUUUGCUCUUCUGCAUUCGCCUCUACAGUCAUUACAUUAAAGGACGAAGAGCUGAACUUUACAUUGGAUCGCUUUGUCCUAGUUUCUGGGUGGAAAAUUAAGACACGCAAGACUUUGACAACACAUUUCAAUCAGAUUCACGGACAGUGUGCGAUCCCAGGUGUGAUAUUCUGCACAUGAUCUCUAGCGAAAGAUCUACUUCAUCAACAAGAGAAAUGAUGUUCAGAAUCAAGUGAAAUUAUGUCUUUAUUUAUCAGGCUUGCACUUCUUGUGAACUUCAUUACCAUUUCACAAGGUCUUGCCGCUUUGAGUCCCGCUGAUGGCGAGGGUGGUGUAUAUGAAGACCUAACGUGGAAGACUCAGCUAUGCUGUGAGCUGCCCUUAGCUCAGACAGUGGGCAGUGAGCUUACUUCUGUCACCAGUGCUCUUUCCGAAAUCCCACCCACAAAACAGUGUCAACUGCUAAAUGCUGCAAACCUGGAACCUUCAAGUAAAUCGCAAACCCUUUCUGGAAACUGUGUAGACAUUCUAUGCUGGUUCGAAAGUGAUCUGGCAAAUAUAAUUUGUAAUGCAAAGAGCCACAGAGCAGCAGUUCCAGUCACAGAAAUUGUGGUCACUGCUAGCCAACAACAAUUAGUUUUAGAGAUGGGUUUACUGUCAAAUGAAACAAAGCAUACUGCUCAGUGUGCUGGGGAAGAGACUGCCACAUGCUCUACUUCUCUUUAUGGCAAUGAAGAAACUGUGUCACUAUUCAUCAGUAUAACUGUGAACGGGACUUCUGUGGUCUCACCAAAGAUGCUAAUUAACACAUUUCAUCUACGAAAACCAGAUCCGCCAGUAAAUCUGCAUUACAAUGUAACUACUGAGGGUGAAGUGAUACUUAGAUGGAAUGGUACUCAAACUGACAGAGAUACAAUAAACUAUGAGGUCCGAUACUCAUCCAACUCUUCACUUCAUCAUUGGGAGGUGAUGAAGUUCACAAGUCGUUCAUGGAUGCCUCUGAAUGAGCUCAGUUCUGGGAUCAGAUACAUGGUUCAAGUGCGCUGCCAAAACCAAUUAAACUAUUGGAGUGAAUGGAGCCAGACUUUCUCUUUCACACUGGAUGUUAGUUACGUUCCUGCUGAGGUCUUUACCAUACCUGGAUCAGAAGUAACUGUUUAUGCCGUCUUCCACAACCGCAGCUGGAGUGCCCGCAAAGCUGUGUGGAUGCUGAAUGGGCAGGUAGAGAUUCCAGAAAGCCAGUACAAGGUCAUCAACAAGCAGGUUAGCGCAGUCACACUGAAGGCGGACCAGCCAGGGUUUCAUACCUUGAUGUGCUGCUACUCAUUAGGAAAGGGGAUCAAAGGCAGCAUUGCCUAUGCCAAAAUUUAUACAGAAGGGAUGUUUAAUGCAAAUAUUACCUGCCAAAGCAAGAAUUCAAAGGUCGACACCAUGACUUGUGAAUGGAAUAAGAGUCCUUGGGCAAUGGUCAGAUUCCUUUAUAGACAAUAUAAAUCAAUGUGUGAAGAUAUACCAAAGAUGGAGUACACUGAAGAUGGUGAAGAGACUAUGUCUUUGAUAAAGGAAGGCAUAGGACCAGGAGACCACAGAGAGUGUACUUUAAGCAACCUUAGCCUAUUCUCAUGCUACAAAAUGUGGGUGGAGGUGGAAGGUGCUCGUGGCAAAGUGAGGUCAUUUCCUAUCUAUGUUGCACCCAUUGACUAUGUGAAACCAUCACCUCCCACAGUAUUGGAAGCGUUCACUUUACACAAUAAAACCUUAAGUCUGCGGUGGAGACGCCCCUCUUUACCAGUGUAUGACAUGCAGUAUGAGGUGCGUUUCGUGGCUUUUCGUGGGAAGGCUGAUAUGCAAUGGGAGGUUAUCGGCCCUCUAUUAGAACCGCAAGCAGAGAUUCUUCUUGAGCAGUCCUGUGUUCGGUAUAAGGUACAAGUGCGCUGUAGAAGACUCAAUGGCUCUGGAUACUGGAGUGACUGGAGCAAGAGUCACAUUUCCAUUGUUUACAACAGAAAAGCACCAGAGAUGGGACCAGACUUCUGGCGCAUUAUUCAAGAGGAUCCUGAAAGGAAUUCAACAAAUGUCACAUUGAUCUUCAAGUCUGCUCUGGCAGGAGAUCCAUACAGUUGUGUGGAGGGACUCUUGAUUGUGCACCAUGUCUCAGGGGGAGCCGUGUGGUCGAAUGAAACAACUUUGGCUUCAUUUCACUCAUUCCAGUGGAGGGAGGAUGCACACACAGUCACUGUAAUGUCUCGCAAUGCUCUGGGCAUAUCUACAUGGAAUAGCAACAUGACGCUGUUGCAUCAACCAAAACGACGAUGUGUACGUUCAUUCAGUGCAGUGGCAAAUGCAAGCUGUGUUUAUCUCUCGUGGGCACUACUAUCUGAUCAACCAAUGCCAAAGUCAUUUGUCAUAGAGUGGUUAGACCUGAACAAAGACCCCGAACAGGACAGGUCUCUAACUGAAAGAAUACAAUGGGUCAGAGUGCAAUCCACCUCAAGGGAUCUCUCUCUUUGCCGACGUUUUUACGGAUCAGAGGAGUUCACCUUGUAUCCCGUGUUUGUGGAUGGUGAGUGGGAGCCGGUACAAUGCAGAGCUACUAGGGGAGACCCUGCAGCAUACAUGCUCCUAAUGAUCAUUGCAUUCCUGUCAGUGGUGCUGUUCGUCACCCUGAUGAUCUCCCAAAACCAGAUGAGAAAACUGAUGUGGAAGGACGUUCCAAAUCCCAACAACUGCUCUUGGGCCAAGGGAAUGGACUUCAGACAGAUUGACACCAUGGAGAACUUGUUCCAUCACCCAGAAGGUCUCACUGCCUGUCCACUACUGCUAGUUUCUGAGAGCAUAUGUGAGGUGGAGAUAAUUGAAAAACCUCAUCAUCCUACACUUGAACAUGAAAAAGACAAUGAAGUUCUCCUUUACAACUCAGAAGACAUUGAAAGGACAACCAUCAGCUCUCCUCUUCUGGAGUACUCCUCAGAACCUCUAUCUUUGGAGGCCUCCAGUUCUGCUGCUACUCCAGAAACAUCAGGCCAGUCUUCAGUGACGUACUCAACCAUUCUCCUCAUUGAUCAGCCUGGGCUCCUUCGAAAGCAGCAAGAGAGCCUGAGCAGUUCCAGCGAUGAAGGCAACUUCUCCGCCAACAACUCAGACAUUUCUGGCUCCUUCCCUGGGGGAUUCUGGGACCAGGAGAAUCAUGCUGGCUCUGACAGCAUCAAUCCUUGCCAUUCCAGCUCCUACAACUCUGUGGAAGAGUUUUCGGAAACAUCAGAACAAGAGGACGAAGCCUCAGAAAGCCCAGGCGGUGCAAAAUACCUCUACUGCCUUGAUAUGAAUGAAGAGGAGAAGGACGUGGAGGAAAAGGAAAAGACAGAAUUUAAUGAGGAAACACAAGCUGGAUGGGAGAAGAAUGGAGAAUUCCCAUUCUGCAAAGAGGAAAUAGAUUUGGGAGUGGAUCCCAGGCCUCUUUUGGAGUGCAAAAAUUCUACGGCCAGUGAUUCGAAUGCUGCAUCUCACAGUAUUCCUCUUUAUCUGCCUCAUUUUCAAACUGAAUGCAUUAAUCCACCCUGAUGUAAUUAGAACAGCUCCCCCUAGUGGUCAUGUUCUUGAUCUUUGAUCUGGAGGUCAAAUACUGUAUGAAGAUGCCUCAUUGACUUUCCACCCUCAGACUGUACUUGUCAACAUUUACCACCUUGCCCUGAUCGUUUCAUGCAUUCUGUAACAAGUCACCAAUUGCCAUCCCAGUGUUACAUGCAUUAUUUGAAAUAACAUUUAUCAUCGAUUUGACUCCUUAUUUGUGUAUUAUACCUUUGAGGGAUUACAGUCAGAUCCUACAGGUUCAGUUGUUAAGGGCAUUCACAGUUAAACUCUGAAUGUCUCACUGAUAGGUUGAUGAUUAAUAAGACUGUAAUUACUGGAACUUGCUGCUUUCCACUCUUUAUUACAUCGUUCAUAAGCAUUUGAAGGCUGAAGUAAAAUCUUGAACAGACCACACUUACUUGAAUGUAGUACUUUAACUAGAAGAGUUUGAAGGACUUUCUUUUUUCUCCUUGUGUGGCAUUGAUAACACUGGCUACAGUCAUGUUUUAGCUUCAUAAACUGCAGUUUAAUGUCCAGUUUAAGUGGCAUCCAUUAAGAUAUCUGCUUUGUGAAGAAAUAGCCUCUCAUGUCUGCAUUUGCAUUGGGCUUAAUCAUUCAAUAUGAAUGUGUAUUUUGUCAGUGAGGUCUGUGUUCUUUUAAAAACUCAAAUAUUUUGAGCAUAAAAUGUGGUCUAUUUUCAUUGUCUGAUAUUUUCCAAUGAAAAGAUGUUUGAAUGCAAGUGCAACAUAUAUGGCCAGAUUUAUUCACUGACAGAGUAUCGGUAAGAAUGUGUAUUCAACAUACAGGUAUUUCUUGUCUAUUUUUCUGAUCCAAAUAAACUAUU